CCUGGUGGGAGGGGAGGGGUGCCAGGGCCGUUCCUAGGAUACGACGGGUAACAGAGAAUUCGGCAAGUGUGGACUCUGCUGUCUAGGAGCCUGAGAAACCGCUUCCACCAAAAAACCCCUGCACUUAUUAGUCAGGAAAAUGUCUGAUCAGGAGAAAAAAUCUGAUGCUCAGAACGUUGUUGAUUCAUCAGAAGAAAUAAAGGAUACUUUGGGGACUAUCAGUAUUCCAGUUUCCUCAGAAGAACUUCCAGACUCAGAUCAAACUGAAGACAAUGAAUAUGAACUAGAACUAUCUGGUUGGGACCAUGAAAGACCUGUUGAGGAUUCGAGUGACCAGAGCCUUUCAAGUCUGGAACUAAACGAUAUCAAGCAGCUCAUGGAAGACGUUAUGUCAACUGAACAAGUGUCACAUUCUCCCAGAGACAGUGGAGAUUCUCUAACUAAAUCUGAUAAUGAAGAGCAGUCAGCCAAAAAAUAUUCAAAAGAUUCCCUGAGAUUUCUGGAAAAAGUGAAGGCUGUGAAGGAAUCUCUGAGAACAUCAACAAAAGACUCUUCAGCAACAGUAAAAGUUGUACUUCUUCCUGUGGGCCAGGAAAUUAUAAUGCCCUUUAAAAUCGACAUUGUUUUAAAAGAACUCAAGGAGCAUUUUUCAUCCCUGUUAGGUAUCCCACCUUAUAGCCUACAGAUAAGACGGGCAGGAAUGAUUCUUAAAAAUCAGGAGACAUUACUGCAACAUGGAGUUAAGCCCCAGGAUGUUGUACAAGUGGAAAUCUUCUCUUUACAUCCAGAUCUAUAUCCAAUCAGAAGAAUAGCUAGAUUAAGUGAUGUCUCUCAAAUCAUAACUGUCAGAGUACAAACUGGCAUUGAUGAGUAUCAGGAAGUGGCGGUUGAGAUGAUAAGAUCUGAAUUUCACAAACCAUUUCUUGGUGGAUUUAGACAUAAAAUAACAGGAAUAGAAUAUCACAAUGCUGGAACACAAACUGUACCUAAAAAGAGUCCUGAAAAACUGAAUGUAUUUUGUAGGGAUACCCAGACAGUUUUUCAGAGAAGGAAGCUCCAACAAACUACAAAUACAACAUCCACACAGAUGACUAAAAUUGGUGUAUAUAUAUCAAAUGUGACUGAUAAACUGGUAACACCAGGAAAAUAUCUUUCAGCAGCAGAAUAUCAUGCUCGAAGAUUAGAGGCGGUAAUCGUGAUACAGACUCACUACAGACGAUGGCAUGCUAAAGUCACGGUAGAGAAUUUGAGAAGACAGAAAAUGUUCAGGUUGAAGUGGGAAGCACAGGAAGAACUAAGGAAGAUAAAAGAAAAAGAAGAAUGGAUGAAACUGGAUUAUUACCGGAGGCAUAAUCCUCAAACAAAAGAAGAUUUUGAACUUCUUUAUAAUGCACUGGAAUUCUGGCGGCAAGAAGAACUCGCACGCAUUAACCAGUCUUUCACUGGAGCUGAAAGGAAAGCUGCUUUGUGUGAACUUCUGGAAAAAGAAACCCAGAUAAUUGCUUCCAUUGGGAGACAUAGAUACAUUGCUUAUACGGCAAACCGGGAAGCAUCAAUAGAAGCUUUUUUGGAUAAGUGUUCAGCCCCAAAGGUAUGGAGAACGUUUGAUGGCAAAAUAAUUGAGAUGGAUACACAGUUCACCAUAAGAUCCAGGGAGCUGCAAAACAUCUAUAAAUGCAUUAUGCUGAGAAAUAUCUCUCAAGAUGAGAGGCUGGAUGUACUUUUAACACUUAAACAUACUGUAAAGGAACAUGAAUGUAAACUGACUCAGGAGAUUCUAGAAUUGAUUGACAGGGAGGUUGACCUUAUGAUGAGAGGAGUCAAACAUGAAAACCUUGCAGGACUCAGAAAAAGGAUUGCAACACUCUUUUUUCAUUACAUCAAAACACCUCUGUUUAAUCCAGAAGUUGCAAGACACCUUAAGGUCCCUCAAGACCCACUGAAGUUUUACAAGAAGAUUUACUUUUGCCACAGUUGCCAGUUCUAUUUGCCGUCUACAGAGUUUGCUGUAUCCUCCACCUCACACCGCAUUUACCGGUGCCGUCACUGCGUUAACCUUGACAAUGAGACUCGGAAACGAGAAUCGUUUUUGAAGCACAAAUGUUUACUUCAGAGGCUCUACAAUUCAGAAGCUGAAUAUGAAGAUGAUUCUAAAAUUGCUUUCCUGAUGCAGCUACAGGAUAUUCAGUACCUGACGGAGAAUAUCUGGGCAUCCCAGUCAGUGCUCAGUGCCUGGAAGGACCUCAAUGAUCUGGUCAUGGUCAGGUGGGAUAAGUCCUUGGAGUGGUCGCCCUGGAACUGCAUUCUUCUUACCAAAGACGAAGGCGCUACUCAUCUCAAGCUAAAAAGUAUUGAAGAGGGAUAUGAACCCUUGUUUAUUCACAAGAUCAAACACAAACACUUCCUGGCUAAGAACUAUUUUUCUCAAAUUCCACUAUUGGCUUCAUUUUUACUUGAUGAUGGUGAAGUAGAUGAGAUCAGAAAGAAACACCUGUCAGAGCCAACAUCUAAAAUUAUAGAAAUUCAGAGGCCUAGUCCUUAGAAGAUCCAGGACUGUUUGAUGAUCAGCAUUUUUGUCCACUGCUAGUAGAGUAAUACAGAGGUCACA